AUGUCGGGGAAGAAGCCGCCACCUGGUCACUUUCUGUGCGGCAUGGCCAAUUGGCAUCCAGCCUGGCUGCAGAAAUAUGCCACAACCAAAUACUUUAUGGGCGUUUACGGUUUGUUGGGCACCAUUCAGGCCAUGUCCUACAUGUAUUUCAUUGUCACCCUAACCACGCUGGAGAAACGCUUUAAAAUACCCAGUCAGACGACAGGCAUUGUACUCAGUGGCAAUGAGAUAUCACAGAUAAUGCUAUCGCUGAUCUUAUCCUAUAUCGGUGGACAGCGCAAUCGUCCGCGCUGGAUCGCCUGGGGUAUUGUGCUCUGCGGCAUAUCCUGCUAUAUACUCGUCCUGCCCCAUUUCAUCUAUGGAGCGGGCGAUGAAGUGCUCCAGCUGACCAAGGAGUAUCAGGAUGGUCUGCUGAACACCUCACUCGCGGUCGAUGUUACAUCUGUGAAUACCAGCUCUCGGGCGCACAGCACGCCGGAACGGUUGUGCGGCGUUGGACGUGGUGAGGAUAACUGCGACAAUCUGUUCACCUAUGUGCCGCUGGUGCUCAUCUUCUGCUCACAGUUUGUGCUGGGCGUGGGCAAUACGCUGUACUAUGCGCUGGGCCAGACCUAUCUGGAUGACAAUACAAAGCGCACAAAUACUCCUUUUAUGCUGGCGGUGGCCAUGUCCCUGCGAAUGAUUGGUCCCGUCUUUGGCUUCCUCUUUGGUUACAUCUCGCUGAACACGUUCAUUGACCCGACAAAGACGCCGCUGAUCGAUGACAAGGAUCCGCGUUGGUUGGGCGCCUGGUGGCUGGGCUGGGUCAUCCUCGGCACGCUGAUGUGCAUGUUCUCCGGCCUGAUUGGCCUGUUUCCCAAGCAGCUGCCCAAGAAAACGGAUGCAGAGAAGCGCAACUCGCAUGUGCCGCAUGUGUUGCGCCACGACGAGUUGAGACGGGAGGAGGGCCUCUCCCUCAGCAGUCGCUUCUCGUCGAAUGCCGCCUUGGACACCAUUGGUGCUGGUGCCAAUGCUGAUCUGCCCAAGUUAAAGGAUUUUCCACGAGCCCUGAUGCGUCUCUUGCGCAACAGGGUGCUCAUUUUCAAUAUCACCUCGGCUGUCUUUUACAUUUUGGGCGCCGCCGGCUUCAUGACCUUCCUCACCAAGUACAUGGAGGUGCAGUUCCACAAGGCUGCCCACUCGGCGACGGUUGUUGUGGGUCCCGUUUCCAUUUUGGGCAUGGUCGUCGGCCUCUUUGCCUCGGGCAUUGUCAUCUCGAAGAAGAAGCCGGCGGUCAGCAAAGUUCUCAUGUGGAAUGUUUUCGUUGGCUGUGUCUACAUUUGCGGUCAGAUUUCGUACGCAUUUCUAUAUUGUCCGGAUUCGGUGUCGAUGGCUCAUGUCGGCAACUUUAAUUUGACCAGCAAUUGCAAUGCAAACUGUUCCUGCGAAGGCGUCCCUUACUCACCCGUCUGUCAUUUGCCCAGCGAUACGACCUAUUUCUCAGCCUGCCAUGCAGGCUGCCGCAAUUGGGAUGGCGAUAAUAAAGUCUACGAUAAUUGUGCCUGCCUGCAGGAGAGUGUUAACAGUGUGCCCGCAUUUGGUGGAGCAGCUGUUCAGCAGAUGUUGCUGGAGGAGCAGCAGCAGCCAACGGAAAUGUCGCUGGCCGGCAGCAGCACAGAUCUCGAUAUGGAUUUGAGUUCAGUUCCACUGCUGAAUGAUGAUUAUUCCACAGAGGAUCUGUUGACGCGCAGUAAACGAGCUGUUGCCGACCUGGUGCUGCGUCCUGGCAUCUGUACCGAGGGUUGCGACACUGCCUUCUGGACAUUCUCGGUAGCGUCGACGAUUGUGAAUUGGUUUGGGUCGUCGGGUCGCAUUGGCAAUGUGCUGGUCAAUUAUCGCGCCGUGGCGCACGAGGAUAAAUCCUUUGCCCAGGGUCUGGCCCUGAUGAUGAUCAGUUUGUUUGCGCUGAUACCGGGUCCGAUUAUCUUCGGACGCAUCAUCGACUCAACAUGUUUGGUUUGGACUCAAACCUGCAGUGGGACGGGGAAUUGUCAGCUCUACGAUCAGACCAGAUUCCGUUACUCUGUGAACUUUUUGGCCUGCGGCUUCACCUUCAUUGGCGUCAUCUUUGAUUUGCUGGUUUGGUAUUAUGGUCGUGGCAUUGAUCUCUAUGGCGAGAAUGAGACCAGGCAGCAGGAGCAGCCCAACAGACGGGAUCAGCCAAUUACUCCACUGCUUGCCCGGCGAGCGGAGCAGGGGGAUGAUUAACCAAGUCCAAAAAUCCCAAAAAUGCACUCAGCCAAACUUGUACAAACUGGAAAAAUACAGAAAUACGGCAUAGCAUGAGUUUUAAAUGUCAUAUAUAAGAUUUGUUAAUAAUGUUAAGAAAUAUUAAGAUGAAUUUAUAUGUUU